AGAGAGCAGCUGAAAAUUUGAAGUGCUUAAGAUUCUCAGGUCUCGAAGGAGGAGGAGGAGAUCGAGGCGGCGAGAGAGCUGCGCCGUCGGAGCAGAUGGACGCUACGAUGGCUGAGCCAGGCGAAAUACUGCCGGAGCGGAAGCCGGAGAAGUCUCCGUACGAAGUUCUUCGGCAGAGCAAAGCUUCGGUGGAGGAGAUCGUUUCAAAGAUGCUCUCACUGAAGAAGGAAGGCAAGCAAAAAUCCGAGCUCCGAGAGCUCGCGACUCAGAUUUUUCUCAACUUCGUUACUCUCCGCCAGGCAAACCGUUCCAUAUUGCUUGAGGAAGAUCGAAUAAAAGCAGAAACAGAGCGUGCAAAAGCACCAGUGGACUUCACAACACUGCAGCUUCACAACUUAAUGUAUGAAAAAAGUCACUAUUUGAAAGCUAUAAAAGCUUGCAAAGAUUUCAAGUCAAAGUAUCCUGAUAUUGAACUUGUUCCUGAGGAAGAGUUCUUUAGAGAUGCACCAGAGGAGAUUAAAAGUUCUGUGAUGUCAAAUGACAGCACACACAAUUUGAUGCUCCAGAGACUCAACUUUGAACUACACCAGCGCAAAGAACUAUGUGAAUUGCGUGAGAAACUGGAACAGCAAAAGAAGACACUUCAGGGGAUCAUAGCCAACAGAAAAAAAUUCUUGUUGAGCCUCCCAUCACAUCUGAAGUCACUUAAGAAAGCAUCCUUGCCGGUUCAGAAUCAACUAGGAGUUCAGCACACAAAGAAAUUAAAGCAACUGCAUUCUGCAGAAUUGCUUCCCCCGCCUCUCUAUGUUAUAUAUUCACAGUUACUGGCCCAGAAAGAAGCCUUUGAAGAGAAUAUAGAGAUGGAGAUUAUUGGGAGUGUGAAAGAUGCUCAAGCUGUUGCCCGCCAGCAGGCGACUAAAGACACUGCUAAAACUACCAGUGUUGAUAGUUCCAAGUUAGAUGAGGAUGUGCCUGAUGAGGAAGAUGAUGGACAAAGGAGAAGAAAACGUCCUAGGAAGGUUCCAAGCAAGGAGAGUUUAGAUCACUCAGGAAUAUAUCAAGCGCACCCUCUUAAAGUCAUCCUUCAUGUUCAUGAUGAUGAGACUCCUUCAACACCCACAAAACUUGUAACUCUUAAAUUCGAAUACUUGAUGAAGUUGAAUGUGGUAUGUGUUGGAGUGGAUGGUUCACAAGAGGAUAUGGGCAAUGACAUUUUGUGCAAUUUGUUUCCUGAUGAUACUGGCCUAGAGCUUCCUCAUCAGUCAGCCAAGAUGAUUGGCAAUUCGGUUGAAUUUGAUGGAACAAGAACUUUGCGGCCUUACAAGUGGGCCCAGCAUCUUGCAGGGAUUGAUUUUUUGCCAGAGGUGUCACCAUUGCUAGGUGGCUCUGAAAGCUCAAAUGAAGAAACAGCUAAGCAGUCUACUGUUAUAUCUGGUCUGUCACUGUAUCGUCAGCAGAAUCGAUUGCAAACAGUUGUGCAAAGACUUCGUGCUAGAAAAAAGGCUCGACUGGCUCUUGCGGAGCAGUUUGAUUCUCUAAUGAAGUUGGAAUGGCCAGUUAUCACCUGUAAAAGUGUGCCAUGGACCUCACAUAACCCUCGUUGCAGUUUGCAUGGCUGGUCAUCUCUUGGUUCAGCAUGCAAUGAAGCAUCGUCAGUUCCUGCUGUGGAUGCAGAAAAGGUCCAGGGUCCUGAUGUUUCAAUGGAGGUAAGAUCUGAUACUUCAAAGGAAGAGGUUGAAAACACAAGAGAGGAUGGGGAACUUCCGUCCUUAACUUUGGCUACUGCUGGAGUACAUGAUGCUACUCCCACACCAACUAGAGGAACUAAUUCUGAUCAUUCCAGAAAGCUUGGUUUCAUUUCAAAGUGUGUUAUAUCUCCCCUUAACAAGGGAAAGUCUCCAAGUUUUAAGAAACAUGAGGAGGAUUUGGACCUUAUAAUGGAAUCUGAUAGCGAACUGGAUGAACCAGCUCAAGUAGAACAGGACACUGAUAGCAUUCCUGGAAGUACAGUGCCUUAUGUAGAUGACAAGUCAUGGGCUGAUUGCAGGGUUGAGGACUAUAUUCUUGUCUUAACUAGAAAGACUCAUGAUGGUGAAAAGACCAUGAGAUUAGAAGCCCAGGUUAAAAUUAGCAUGGAGUAUCCUCUUAGGCCACCUCUUCUUAGACUGAGACUUUAUGCUUCACAUCAUGAAGAGAGCUAUUGCGAGGUAGAUUACUCUGAGUGGUAUAAUGAACUCCGUGCCAUGGAGGCAGAGGUAAAUGUUCACAUAAUGAAAACAAUUACCCCAGACCAAGAAAAUAACAUCUUAGCUCAUCAAGUCCAUUGUCUUGGUAUGCUGUUUGACUUUUACGUGGAUGACAGGGCAACCUGCGACAGGGCAACCUGCUCUGAGAAAAGAAUGAGUACUUCUGUAAUUGAUGUUGGUCUGUGCAAACCUGUCGGUGGUCAGCUUGUUGCCAGAUCUUUCCGAGGUAGGGACCGAAGAAAAAUGAUCUCAUGGAAAGACAAUACAUGCACACCUGGUUAUCCUUAUUAGUUAUUAGGAUAUGCUUUCAGGUCAAAGGACAGAAUGCCAGCAGCUCUAAGUAGCUUUCGAGUUCCACCGGUAAACAUGAAUAGCAAUACUCUCAAUAUUUCUAUACUGUAUCAUGCAUUGCAGGUUUGUUUUUGUCUGUGAUUUGUACAAUGUAGCCUUUCUGUGCUGUAUUAUGCAUAUCCAAUCAGUAUCAUAUCUGGUUGUGUAAGUUCAUUAUAUCGUAUUGACUUUAAAGCCAUUAUCGGGAUUGCAUUUGAAUAUAUAGAUGAACUGUUUUCGUUGGUUAA